CAUGGUGACGGCCCCCCCCCACCGGACAGGCGGGGCCCACCAUGGUUCCCAUAGAGACACGGCCUACAGCCACGAACAGGAAGACGGGCGGGUUGGCGUUGAGGCUGAUAUAAAUUCCGUUAAGCCCAUACGUGGAGCAACAGGAGUACCUAUCAACCUGCUCUUUAUGGAUAUGCUUGAAGCUGAAGCUGGUCUACAGAAGACAGGCUACAGGUUGCAUGAAGUGGAAACUCUUCUUUCUGCUAUGACUGUUGAGAGAGAACAGACAAUACAAGCAUCAUCGUUGAACUGUGGUAUUUUACCUGAAGGAGAGAAACAGAUACUUCAAUAUGAUGAUAAAAGUUAUCUUAGAAAAGAUAUUCCAAUCUUGGAAAUACAGAAGCUGAAGGAGCAGAAUGCCAGCCUUCGGGCUGCUGUUGCACAAAUGAGGAAAGAAAUGGAGAGUCUUGAUGAACAGAUGCAGUCCUCUCUUCCUCUGACAGAACAAACUAUCACUGGCCUAACUGCAGAAAUCUCGUCACUCACUCCUGGUUCAUUUUGCACAGACGAAGUUUCAGUUAGAACCACGUUGAACAACAUCAAUGUCAGCUCAAAUAACUUGGGUUGUAUAAUAAACCCAAACACAGAAAAGGGGUCAAAAACCAAAGCUCUUGAACAAAAGACGGUAGAUUUUGGCCCUAUCUCAGAUAAUUGUUGUCCUGGCGUUAGUCUUCAGUAUGGUUUCAGCUGCCCUCUACAAGGAAUGCAAAAUAAACUGAAUGAAGCAGCAAGGAAAAUAUCAGUUCUGAGCCAAGAGAAGCAGCAGCUGAUUGAAAUGGGAAACAGACCCAGAGCAGAUAUUGGAAUGGUAUUAAAGGAAGGACUUUGGCAUCCCAUUAGCUCUAAGCGCUGCACAGUUUGUGUUGCCUCUGGUAGCCUUUCUCCAAGAGAGCUUCUCAAAAGAACACAGUGUCAGCUUUCAGCUUUAAAGCAUCUACAACACAGGCUUGCAACACAGGAGCUGCAGUAUGCAAAGCAACAACAUCUCUCAAGGAUCUCUUCCGUAAUUGCCUGCCCUAACUUAAAGGGAGAAAAAGCUCCAAGCAGCUGUGGGGAAGAAACAGAAUUACCAUCUGCUCAGGUUAAGCUAGAUUUCUCUACUGGAAAUUGUGGGCCAGAGCAACAAAAGGCACAUGCAUCCUCAAAGAUGGUUCAAAGUCAGCCGCUCAAGGAAAGUCCUAGUCAAGCCCAGCAGACCUGGAUUUCUUCAUCUAGAGCACAUAGAUCUUGCCAAGGUAUUUGGCAAACUUUAGAAAUGAGAUCAAGGCCUUCUAUUCUCAGUUCUCAAAACAACACUAAACAAGUGAAUAGAACCGUCAUUGAGAUGGAGCAACUUCGUGGUUGCCUUUCAGAUACAAGUGAUGCACACACAGGCUUGAAAGCUCAGGAGUAGAAGAUGAGUUGGAACAAAGACAAGCAAGGUCCUUUGGACGUGAA